AUGGACGUAGACACAUACACUAAUUUAUUGGAAUUAGUAAAACCGUAUAUUACGAAAGAAAAUACUUGUAUGAGAACAGCAAUAUCACCACAUGAAAGGCUGACAGCAACUUUGAGAUUCCUAGCAACUGGCAGAAGUUAUAAGGACCUGGAAUUUACAACAAUAAUGUCCAAACAAUCAUUAAGUGAAAUCGUUCCUGAAACAUGUGAAGCUAUCUAUAAUGUGCUGAGAAAUGUGUACAUGAAGUUUCCGAAGACCGAAGCGGAGUGGUUAGAAGUUGCAACUGAAUUCGAAAGAAAGUGGCGAAAGAGGCAGUUCCCUCAUUGUUUGGGGUCGAUUGAUGGCAAGCAUGUGAAGAUUGUGCCGCCUAAAGGAAGUGGAUCGUAUUACUUCAAUUACAAAAAAACUCACAGUAUUGUUCUUAUGGCAAUAGCUAAUGCGAAUUGCGAAUUUCUAUAUUGUGAUGUAGGCACAAACGGCAGGAUUUCAGAUGGUGGAGUCAUAAAUAAUAACAAAUUUUUUGAAAAGCUCGUUAACAACGAGCUGAGAAUUCCAGGAGCCCGGUGCAUUACAAAUUCAAAGGAAGUUCUAGGAUAUGUCUUUAUUGGUGAUGAAGCCUUUGCUAUGCGUCCAGAGUUACUUAAGCCGUAUCGGCGAGAAGCACUGACCAAGGAGCGAAGAAUUUUCAAUUACCGCCUGUCAAGGGGCAAACUAGACCGUGCCCAGCUAGGGGGUAGCGCAGACGAUGCCGCUAGGUCUAAGAUGAAGGACGUCUCAAAAAGAGAAAAUUUGUUGCUGAAGCUGCUAUAA